AUGGCCUCUAAAUUUAUCUCAACAAGUUUGGUUAUAGUCUCCCUUCUAAUGUCUCUAGCCCUACCAUCCACUCUUGGAGGGAUAGAAUGUGAGAAUCUAAGCAUGGAAACAUGUUCAUUUGCUGUUUCAUCUAGCAGCAAAAGGUGUGUCCUCGAGAAACACGUGAAAAGAACUGGAGAAGAAGCAUACACAUGCAGAACAUCAGAGAUAGAAGCUGAUAAACUAAAAGAUCACAUUGAAAGCGACCAAUGCAUCAAAGCUUGUAACUUAGACAGAAAAUCACUUGGGAUUUCAUCAGACUCACUUCUGGAAUCUCGUUUCACAGAGAAGCUAUGUUCUCCACAGUGUUACAAGAGUUGUCCAAAUAUUGUCGAUCUUUACUUCAAUCUUGCAGCUGGUGAAGGUGUGUUUCUUCCUAAGUUGUGUGAGGUGAAUGGUGGAAAUGCUCGUCGUGGAAUGGCGGAAUUGAAAAGCUAUGGUUAUGUGGCACCAGGACCUGUGCAUCCAGUGGAGUUUGCAGCUUCAGCUCCACAGCCAAUAGGGUAUGUGGAGUUUGCAGAUGAACCUGUGGUUGCUCCAUCGUACCCGCCAUACUAA